CACAACAUACUCGGCUCGUUUUUGUUUGCAAGGCUUAUUCCGAUAUGUUAAAUUAUUAGUAGACUGUAGAGUCGUCAACUCACCUAAAGGCUAAAACCACAUGCUUAAUAACAAAUAAAUCUAUUUUAUAUGGGGGGAAUUCAAUUAUUUUCUUAAUUAUAUCCCAAAGACAUGAUUUAAGAAAUGUAUACUAUUUUAAAGACCCACACCAAAUACCGAGUUAACCCACUAUAAAACGCAAAGUUGUCUCUGUGAUCUCUCUGCUCAAUCAUUCACAUUUAAUAAAUAGUUUUCACUCCUCUCAACAGAGUUAUUCCUACUAGUAAAAGUUCUAGCUCAGAUCUAAUCUCAAUGGAAAAAUAUGAGCGACUAAGUGAAGAAGAAACUUAUUGGUGGAUGAUACCAUUUAAGUUCCUCGACCAAACCCUUAAAGCUAUCUUCAAGUGCCUUGGUCUUCUUCAUCAUGAAUCCCCAUCUACGAAAACGGAGUCGUCUCCGGUGACUUCAACCCAACCGUUACAGCAGGAAGAAGAAGAGGAGGAGGAAGAUGUUGUGAUGGAAGAAAACGUCAUUAUAACGAGUAGGGGGAGUAAAACCCUUGCGACGAGUAGAGGGGUGAAAGCAAAGACAAAGAAGAAGGAACAGAAAAGCUCGGGCCGGCCUGGCCAACAUCACAAAUACGAUCUUUAGCUCAUUUUAUUUGCAGUCUAAUGUGUUCUAUUUACAGUGCACUCACUGUUAUUUACGAAGUACUACGUAACAUCAUUGUUAGUUGUAUUUGUGUUUAAUGAUAUUAAGAACUUAUGCUAGUUCAUCAAUCUGAAAACAACAUAAAAAAACUUUUUGUAUUCCCAAAUAAUGUACAAGCUGAAAGAAAUCUCUUAAUACAUUUUUUGAAA